GAAUCAGCGGAGGCGGAAACUUGACGCUUGGGACUUGGGAGUGGCUCUCCCGUUUGCUGGUGGAUAUAAAAACUUCAGCCUCGAGGCUCCAGCUGCACAGGCAGCAUCACUUCUCCUUGUCUCGAGGUCAGUCUGUGAGGACAUCAACUCCUGCUUUGGUGUACUAAUGGCAGCAGAGCCCCUGACUGAGCUGGAGGCGGCCAUUGAGACCGUGGUCACUACUUUCUUCACCUUUGCAGGGCAGGAAGGACGGAAAGGCAGCCUGUGCAUCAAUGAGUUUAAGGAACUGGUCACCCAGCAGCUGCCUCAUUUGCUCAAGGACAUGGGCUCCCUGGAUGAGAAGAUGAAGAGCUUGGAUGUGAACCAGGACUCGGAGCUCAAGUUCAACGAGUACUGGAGACUGAUUGGGGAACUGGCUAAGGAAAUCAGGAAGGAAAAGGCCCUGGAGAUCCGGAAGAAGUAAAGCCUGCCUGUCAGGAUUGGGGGUCAGCAGGGUCUGCUGGGCUGGGCCAGGCAGAAUGCCACUGUCCCCAAAUAAAGCUUCCUUGAAACA